GACAAAAAUGUGUGGGAGACUCCAGACACCUUUAAUCCUGAACAUUUCCUGGAAAAUGGCCAGUACAGGAGGCAGGAGGCUUUUCUGCCCUUCUCUGCAGCCCACAUUACCCUGACGGAACAAAACCUCCAUUCAUGUGUCAGAUGGUUUGUGCAAUCUUAUCUCGGAUGUCCCUGCUGACCUGGGGCUCAGCCUGGGACUCUGUAUCAGCGAACGAGCUUCUGUAAACAAGAAAGCACAAGGCGCUCGGAGCGGCUGGAGCCUCCCCGGCACUGUGAAGCAGACACCAGGACGCAGAACGCCGCAGCAGCACAUUGCCCAUCUCCCCCCUGUUCCUGGGGGUUCUGGUGGAGCCCCGUGAGCUCGACCUGCUGCGAGACACGUCCCUGUGGACCCCCACCAUCCACCCAUGCUGCGCUUCCUCUGGGAGAGCAUCUCCUUCCAGAUGCUCCUUGUCUUCCUCAUUGUUUUCCUGCUCGUCGCUGACUACAUGAAGAACAGAAGGCCUAAGAAUUAUCCUCCCAGACCCUUCUCCCUCCCCUUCGUGGGGCACAUCCACCUGAUGAACUUCAGAGACCCCCAACUAGUGAUGCAGAAGCUUAAUGAAAAAUAUGGGGACGUCUUCAGUACGCGGGUGGGCAGCACAUGGUUUGUGUUUGUAAAUGGGCUGCGGCUGGUUAAGGAAGUUCUUGUAAACCAAGGGGAAAACUUCAUGGAUCGCCCUGACAUUCCUAUCGACAGGGAGAUCUUCAGCACCAUGGGACUGAUCUCCUCCAACGGACACCUGUGGAAGCAGCAGAGGAGGUUCAUCUUGACCACCCUUCGAAACUUCGGCUUGGGGAAGAGGAGCCUGGAGGACCGCAUCCAGGAGGAGAGCCGAUACCUCGUGGAUGUGUUUGGAGAUGAGCAGGGGAAUCCUUUCAACCCUCACUUUAAAGUCAGUAAUGCUGUUUCAAACAUCAUCUGCUCCAUCAUCUUUGGCAAUCGGUUUGAAUACCAUGACGAGGAGUUUCAAAAAUUUCUGCAGCUGUUAGACGAGACUGUUGCUCUCCAUGGGGCCGUCACGAGCCAGCUGUACAGCUCUUUCCCAUCUAUAAUGAAAUACUUCCCUGGAGCCCACCAAACCAUUUUUAAAAACGGGAAGUUGUUGAAAAGUUUUGUGAAAGAGAAGAUCAACAAACACAAGGAGGACUGGAAGCCCUUAGAGAGCCGGGACUUCAUUGACAGCUACCUGCAGGAGAUAGCCAAGGGUAACGGCAGCGGCACCUUCCAGGAGGAUAACCUGGUGGCGUGCACACUUGACCUGAUGCUUGCUGGGACUGAGACCACUUCCACAACCAUCCGCUGGGCUCUGCUGUAUAUGGCCAUGUAUCCAGAAAUACAAGCCCGUGUACAAGCCGAGAUCGAUGCAGUCAUCGGGCAGACACGCCAGCCAGCCCUGGAGGACAAGAGCAAGAUGCCCUACACCAACGCUGUGAUCCAUGAAGUGCAGAGGAAAAGCAACAUCAUCCCUUUCAACGUGCCAAGAAUGUCAGUGAAGGACACGGUCGUGGAUGGCUUCUACAUACCAAAGGGCACUACUUUGCUCACAAAUUUAAGCUCUGUGAUGUUUGACAAGAAUGAGUGGGAAACCCCUGACACUUUUAACCCUGGGCAUUUCCUGAAGGACGGUCAGUUCUGGAAAAGGGAGUAUUUCAUACCAUUUUCUAUAGGGAAGCGUGCCUGCCUGGGCGAAGCACUGGCCCGCUCCGAGCUCUUCCUCUUCUUCACGGCUCUGCUCCAGAAAUUCACUGUCCAGGCACCCCCAGACACCACACUCAGCCUCAAAUUCAAGCUGGGCAUCACGAUGUCCCCACAGCCCUACAAGAUCUGCGCCGUGCCUCGGUAGGGAAGCCUUGGCCACCAUCUUCUCAAGGACAAUCCUUUGGCAAUGAUGCUGCAAAGGGAGCCCUCAGAGCCCCCCUGGGCAGUGGCAAUGACUGCUCCAGGGAGAGGCUGGGUGGCUGGUUUGUUUCUUUUAAAACAAUUAUAAAAUAAUUUCUUUUACAAGCAGACUUUGCACUCUGUAUCACAUGAGAAAGGUGAUCAGCCUGGGAUCUGCCAGGGCUUGCCAUACAGCACUGUAAAUGAAUGAGGGGCUUGGGGCUUUCCUAAUUGCAUGAUGGAUGGCCAUGCUUCACAGUGGCAAGAGAAUGGGCAACACUUUAGAAAUUGCAGCAUUCAGACUGAGUACUGUAGAAAAGCAGUAUCAGCCCUUGGUUUAUAACAUUAAUGCAAGUAUUAAUUACCAACAUUUUUUGAUUUUAUUAUCCUUGACAUGUAAUCUGUUAAAAAAAAAAAGUCACUUUGUAACAUAUCUCUCAUACGCAUCAAUA